AAUAACGCUGCUAUGAACAUGGGUGUACAAAUGUCUCUUUUUGUGCUUUUGGGUAUAUGCCCUGAAUGGGCUUUCUGGAUAAUCAUUGGGCUCACUUUUCAGUGUAUGAAAAAAUUCCCUUCUCUUUUUUAUAGACGUUUCCUUCUAGUAUAGGUAAUAUUUUUUAUUAACAAAUACAUACAUCUCUGUGUACAGAUUUUGUAAUUGGUAUAGAAGAAAGGGCAUGAAAUGAAAUGAAAGCUUUACCAGAAAUCUAUUUUCUGUGUGUUUAUGUGUUGAAUAUGUACUAGUUUUCCUCUGCUGGCUUACUUUGCAAAUAACUUCUAUAUUAAAUAGUAAUUCUAUUUAAUUAUAUUUUAAAAUAUAAGAUCACAAUACAGAGCAGAAGGAUAAUUAGGCAAGAAAAACAUGUUUUAUAUUUGUGGCCACCUAAUAACAUGUAUGAAUUUUAUCAUUAUUUAUGUAUCCAACAUUUUCUGAGUGGCAACUAUGUGCAAAGCACUACACGAAGUGCCAGGAGUACUAAUUGUCAACCACCCAAAGGGCAAAGUCUAGUGAGGGAAGAAUACUUGAAAUUAAAAUUAUAAAGCAAGUGUGGUUUGAAAAAUGUUUCUGAAAGGGCUAUGGGACCACAGAGGAAGGCGUGUGAUACAGACUGCUCAGCGGAGUCUAUGAUGAUUUCACUAAGGAGGAGCCAUUUAUAUUAGGUAUUAAAGGAUGUAUGGAAGUUUGCCAAGAGCAUUAGAAGGGCAUUCUGGACUGAGGGAAAGUCGUGCAAAGGCACAUGUGAUAUGUUCAGGAAAUGACCAAAAAAAAAAAAACAAAAUGAUGUGGCCAGAAUGUUGAAUGUGUGUUGUGGGGAGAGGCAGUGAGAGUGGUGAUCAUCAAAGCAUAAUAGGGUAGAUGGAGGGCAGGCUUAUCAGAAACUAGUUAUUUGUAAACGAGAGAGUGGCAUAGCAUGAUUUUGUUUAAUUAGCCAGUUACUUUAUGUUGUUAGAUUAGCCCAGGCAACAAUGCAGGGCCACAAGUUGAGAUUAAUCCAAGUGAUAGGUGGUUGGAGAUUAAAUGAAGGCAAUAGAAAUAUAAAAAAUAGCAACUUUUAAAAAGCAUUUCUGAAAUAAAAGCAACAGAACUAGGAGGUGACAUCCUCUUCCGGAGAACAGCAUCCUCUUCCAGAGAACAGAAAGCAAUGUUAACCAAGACCUUGAGGCGUCUCACUUAGGAGACUUGGGGGAAUGGUGAUGCCAGAAAAUAAGUUCAUGAGUGGUGGACAAGGAAUGAUUUGUAGAGAAGUUAUCUUAAUCCAUUUGUGUUGCUACAAAAGAAUAUCUGAAACUGUGUAAUUUAUAAAGAAAAGAGGUUUACUUGACUCAUGGUGCUGCAGGCUGUACAGGAAACAUGCUGCUCACAUCUGCAUCUGGUGAGGUCCUCAAACUGUUUCUCCUCAUGUUGGAAGGCCACGGGGAGCCAGCACGCAGAGAUCACAUGGAAAGAGGGAAAGGAGGAGCUGCACUUAGUGCAUUGGAAUGCAGUCAAAUUUGAAAACUUUGAGGACGCAGCACCGGAAGAAAACGGUUUGGCUGUGAUAGGAGUAUUUUUAAAGGUAUCUCCAGUUUUCAGGACCUGGCAGAAAUUCUUCUACGUUCUGCCUUCAAAGGUCAGGUACAAAAAAGUAGAGGCAGCUGCCAGGCCCCUUUGCCCAGAGCUCAGUGUCUGGGACCAUGAGUGGGAAGGAUUGAGGCUUGGGCCUCCUUGGGCCACCAGACAGCAUGGGGCACCACCCACCCGUUCUGCAGCUGCGCGCCGCAAAGCUCUGGCCUGACCGUGGCCUCCUGCUCCAUGCGACACUUGCUGGCCAGACCAUACCCAGCACACGGCGCCUCGUGCACUUUCCGACAUUUUGAUGCCAAGGGUCGCUGGUCACUGAGCACUGACAUUUGA